AAUACAAGUUUUUGAUAUUUUUACACAACUUUUUACCAACGGGAAUGUCGUUAAAUAAAGAACCGUCCAACACUGUCAUUGUAGGUUUAAAAAAAAAGAAAAUUAAGCCAAAGAAAGACCUAAACCUCAGCAAUGAUCCCAGCUUUUCCGACCUCAAACUCCCAUAUCGAGUAAUUUGUUCGAGGCGAACCAUAAAAACCAAACAAAUGCAAGUAAGACAAUUCACGAAGGAGUUGGGCCUCCACGAGAUCCUCCAAAGCCAGGCUUUGGAUGGAGUUAGACUGCAUAGGGAGUUUUCUAAUCCUAUUCUGGAGUACCCUCAUGCUUCCGAACUUAUAACCAUGACUCCGGCAGAAAAAAGACAACUGGAGGAGAUAUUGAAAUUUGGUUUUUAUCAAAAAGUACACGUUGGAAAAUGUCCUCCUUUGGUUCACGGUAUAAGGCCUGGUUGGGAGGAAAGAAAAUCAAAAUGAAUGAAGAUUUUUUUGUAAAUUUUAUGUGUAUUAUCACAUUUGCAAUUACACUGUAGGUAAAUUUUCAACUCUUCAAGAGUUACUCUUGAAAUAUCACAGCUAAACGCUCGCAUACGUAAACAUAAUUUUUGGUCGUAGAUUCUAAAUCCGUGCUCGGUUUAGCUGUAUCAGGUCUAAAAAAGUUUUUCCUAUUGACAAUCCAAUCCCGGGACACACUGUAUACUGGUAUAUUAUAAUUUGUAAAAUAAUAUAUUUCACCUCUUGUGCCAACAUUCCUAUACUUUUUAGUUGGUUUAAUAUAAUAUAAUAUAAUAUCUUUAAUUAUAGUCAAUAAAAAAAUCAACAUUUUGAAUGUCCUAAAUUAUUUAAAAAAAAACCUCAGGAACACGUGUUCUUUUGGAUCAAUUUACCUCAAAUUUUGCAAGAAUUUGUAUUUUUUUAAUUUGGAACCUGCAGUAUCUUAAUAGUUUCAUGAUAUCAUUCUUUUUUAUAAAUUUAUACAGGGUGUUUCCUAAUGCGAUGCUCCCAAACUUAAAAAUUACCUGAUACAGCUAAACCAAGCACAUAUUUGUAAUCUACAACCAAAAAUUAAGUUUACGUGUCCGACCGUUUAGCUGUGAUAUUUU